GCCGCGGCGUGCCCGAGCAUCAGUCAGCUGCGACCAGCCCGACCAGCACCAUGUCCUCCCUCCGCCUCCUCUCCCUCCUCGCCCUGGUGGCCUGCGCCGCGGCCGCGUCCAUCGGCCAGGGCAGCGGCGACAGCAACGCCCUCGCCCUCCACGACGCGCACCAGCCCAACGACAGCAACGCCCGGGAGGCGCGCGCGGCCGGCGACUUCCUCAAGACGCUGAGCAGCGGCGUCAAGGGCAGCAGCGACCAGAGUGUCACCUACGGCGGCGUGUACCCUUAUGACAGGCAACUCACGAGCAAGACGGUGUACGUUUCCUCGACGAUCUUCACGGUGCACAAGGAAGUCGUCAAGUUCUCGAGCGGCGCCCUCAUCCACUGCAUCCAGGUCGUGGACCUGCUCAAGAACGGCAAGAACGCGGCCGUCACCCUGCAGAAGGGCGGCAUCAACCAGUACAACGCCGAGCUCAAGUUCAAGAGCGAACGCGGAGGAAAGAUCAACUACCUCGUCAUCCUCUGGGGCCAGUAGAGCGUCUAAAUGACAAGAACGGACUUAAGGCUGUGAUUUUCCGGUAUUAUUUGAUCUUGAUAAGUUUUGGAUAACGAGUGUGAAAAGCGAAUAGAAUAAAUCCUUACAAAGGCAGUA